GCCGUGACGCCACAGUCUCGCGUGAUGAGAUUUGCAGUGUCGGGGUUCUCCUGUGAGACAGGAGCUAAAGAGCUUGCAAUUAAUAAGUUCGCGGGAGGUAAUGAUGAUGCCAGUUGAAACACUGCUUUCCUCUGCCUACUUUGAUGCAGCCGUCUGAAUGUGUACAGAGUCUCUUUGCUGGUCAUGUAAAAGGAUCAUAUAGUCACUCUGGGGUCUACUUCCUGCCACACUAUUUCCUGUCAUCAUGGGAAACUGCACAUCUCAAUGUGACUUCAGGUCCAGCAUGGCUUAAGAAACAUUCUUUUAAUUGUACAUCAAUUGAAGAAACAGGCUUUGCCCCUGGUUUGCUUUGCUUUAAGAUCUAAAAGACUGUUAUUGACACUGUGCAUUGAAUGAGAAGAAAGCAGCCAUGGAUAAAAAGUCGUUUGAGAUGGUUCUGGAUGAAGUAAGAAAGGCUGUUAUGACUGACUACAAAGUGAAAGCAUUGGAAUAUGUACAUGGAUAUUUUUCAUGUGAACAGGUUGUUGAGUUAUUGAGGUACUUUUCCUGGGCAGAGCCACAACUCAAAGCUGUGAAAGCCAUGCAACAUAAAAUGGUUGCCAUUCCUGCAGCAAAGAUGGUGAAUAUACUGAACUGUUUCACAUUUAGUAAAGACCGACUGAGCGCACUGGAGCUGUUAGCUUUAAAUAUCCUCGAUGCUUCAAAUUAUCGGCCAAUUGAGGACAUUUUUAAGAUUAGCCACGCUGAGAAGAAACGUUGUCGAAAGAUUCUAGAUCAGGCUGCAAAAAGUGGAUGCAAGGCCCCAAAUGCUAUGAUAUCAUCAUGUGGAAUGAUACCUGGAAAUCCUUAUCCCAAAGGGAAACCUAGUCGCAUCAAUGGGAUAUUUCCUGGAGCCACAAAGAAGAAAGACGGAGAAGAGUGUACAAAUGAGGGAAAAGGCAUUGCAGCCCGAAUUCUUGGCCCCUGUAAGCCGCCACCUUCAAUGUACAAUCCACACAAGCCCGUGCCCUACCCAAUUCCACCGUGUCGUCCACAUGCAACGAUUGCCCCAAAUUGCUAUGGGAAGACACUGGCGGUAAAGAAGGAACAGUCAAUUUUAAAUACCUCUGGAGAAGGUCAAAGUUUAUCUGAAAGGGGAGGGGCCUCAGUCCGUAGUAUGAAUUCCCGUGAUUGGGCUAAAAAGGACGAUAUUUACAGUGCAUAUAGCAAUGGUAGUCUCAUAACUGUUGCAAAUGUAACUCCUGGAACUCUGCCUCCAUCCCCUUUCACUCCUAAUCCUCCUGCUGUGGCCACUGGAAUUGAAGAUAGCUCAGCUCAAGCAAAGCCGGCACAUGAUCAAUCUGCAAAUCAACACAUCUCUCCUCAAGAGGCCAAUCCAGCUCCUUCUCCUUCACUUCAAGCAACCCCUACUACCACUGCUUCUCCUGCCAAAACCAUCAACUCUCCCAGCACACCAACAACACUACCCUUUUCUGGGAUAUGCAUGCCCACCCCUCUGCCAGCCUUUCCUCCACAAACUACAUCAUCUGUAUUAUCUCCUAAGCCCUCAACACCAACCCCAUCUGUUAUAAAGAGUAUCCAGACACCCUCCAGCACCCCCACAACUGCAAAUAGUGCACGCUCAGCUCAAAGUCCUGCUCUGUUUUCAAGUCUUCCACAUACAGCUGUUCCAACACAACAGGUUUCCUCUACUCCAAGUUCCAGCUCUGUGUUAAAUGAUAACCUGCCAUCUGUACCACUUGCAGGCCUCCCAUUCUCUGCUACAACUUCUACAGCCUCUGUUAGCACAGCGAACAUGAUGCCAUCCUUAUUUGCUGGUCUUCCCCUGACUCUGAAUCCUCCUUUGCAGGGCAUAUCAAGUCCAAGUCUCUCUGACAUUGCAAGUGCAUCAGCUGGAUCCCUUAACAUAGGAAACCCACUGCUGUCUGUACUAAAAGGAUUUCUAGCCGCAAAUGAUCCAGCAUUAUUGAAUUCAAGUUCUAUGCCUUCAGUGUCUACACCUGGGCUUCUGCCAUUACAGAAUCUUCAGAAUUCAGAAUCCUCUUCAGGUUUAAACAAAAGUUUUAAUCCUCCGUGUUCAACACCUCAGAGGACAGCAACUUCAGGACUGGGCAUGUUUGCAACCUCUGCUUCACCAUCAAUACCAAAUUCCAUUCCUUCAUCUACUUUAGUGUCAGCACAACCUCUCAUACCAACUCCAUCCCCUCUUAAUGCGUCAUUAAUUUCACCAUGUCAGACCCCAUCCUCCUCUCUAUCUGAUCAUCACCUUUCUUCUUCAGCAGCUUCUGGUGCUUCUCUCCUAAUUAAAUCUGAACCAAUCAGUCCAUCUCCUUCAGCAUUUAAAGGCCCAUCGCGCUCUGGAACACCUUCAAGUGGUUCUUUAGGGUUACCUGGAGUACUAGGCCAUGUUUUUCCACCUGGAGCAGGAGGCUUACCAAACACCAUUAAUCCUGGAUUGCCAGGAAUGCCUUCAAUAAAUGGCAACCUGAAUACCCCUUCCUUGUCUUCAAUAUCCCUAAAUCCACAUGGUUCCGCCACUCCAAUGCCCCCAGUUUUUAGUGCGCUUCCUCCAUUCACCUCCCUUUCUAAUGGGUCCCCAUUUGCUGGUGGCCCUGUCAUUAAUCCUACUAUGGGAAUGUUAUCUUCUACCUCUACUGCAGAUUGUGCAACACCACCUCUUACAUCUGCUGUCUUUCCUGGUCUAUCUGCCUCUGCUGCUUCAUCCUUCCCACUCAGUUUAUCCGCUGCUGUUCCGUCACUGUUCUCUGUACCACAAGGCCAUCUAGGCGCCUCAAAUCCAUCUUUCCCUGCUUUCCCAGUCUCUAGCACGCCACCUGUCAACCCUGCGCUGCCGCCUUUCCCUGGGCUUCAGGCACCUUCUACACUGGCCUCUGUUCCUCCAGUUGCAGCUGCUCCAUCCCCAGCUUCGGUUUUACCUGGAUUUGCCUCUGCCUUCAGUUCCAACUUUAAUUCUGCUCUCGUGGCUCAAGCUGGGCCUUCAGCUUUUCCUCUUCUCUCCCUAUCCGGGCUUCCCGGAUUUCCUCAAAAUGCAUCACCGUCUCUGCAGGGCCUUCAGCAGAGUGCAGCAGUUGCAGCAGCAGCACAGUCAGCACUGCUACAGGCUCAUUCAGCAUCAGCCCUUGAGAACUUUGCACCACAAGCAGAUGCGUUUGCCGGCUUUCCCGCUGGGCCUGGAACCCCUUUCCCACUGCAGCCUGGGCUGCCCCAGCGAGGGUGGCAGUAAAUGCACCUCUCAUGCAAAAGCUGUUCUUCCUACCUAUGGUACUGAUGCGACAAACACCAGCCAGUAGUUUUAAUUAGUUAUUAGACUUGUAAACAUUCUAAAACUUUUGGAAAGCAGGAAGCGCAAAUAGCUGAGCAGGUUGUCAAAAUGGCCUUGCUAUGGAAACAUUGCUGCAGAUCUAUCCAGUGCAGCGUUUCUCUUACAGACAGAUCUUUUUAAAUGGAAUUUGUAACUAUGGUGUUUUUAGAAUGUAUUCUUUGUUCUGUAGAACGGGGGGCUGGUGGUAAAAGAAUCCAUCUCUCCUACACAGCAAGUUAUAGACUGAUGAUUUUACCAAUCUGUAAUUACUAACCAACAGGCAGCAUUGAGCGACAAAGCUAUAGAGCUCUUUUUAAAAGGUGUUAAUAUGGUAAUGAUUAUUAAAGGGAUUUAGUUAUGGGAAACAUGUUUUUACAAAUCCAUUAGUAAAUAGUGCUCCUCCAGCAGAAUCCUAUCAAAAAAGCAAAUGGAUUUUUUUUAUAUUUAAUUUUAAAUUUGACAUUGGGCCAUGUUAGUUUCCCAGGUGCCCUCAGUCGUGUGACUUCUGAUAAACUUUAAUCACUCUUUAUUGCUGGACUGCAAGUAAGAGUGAUAUCACCCUAUCACUACCCCUAUCACCACUCAAUAGUAAAACACCCAAGUCUGGCCAUGACUCCUCCAGUUACAUGGGAGUAGGAGAAACAAUAGGUUAGCUGUAAGCAGUUCUAAUGUGUAGCGCUGGCUCCUUCUGAAAGCUCAGACUCGGGCACAAUGCACUGAGAUGGUGCCUACACACCAAUAUUACAACUAAAAAAAAAUGCAUUUAUUGGUUCAAAAAUUACAUUUUAAAUGGUAGAAUGAAUUAUUUGCUAUGUACACAGUGCAAUUUAGUAAUAAAAACUACACCUUAAAAAAUCAUGAAAGAAUCCCUUUAAUGCAAUGCUCUUUGCCAGUUGGAAAUGUGUAUUCAUAAAGUGUUAAGUUUGGUAAAGCUGUGGCAGAGUCAUAGCUAGUACCAUAUUGGAACUAAAGUAAAUCUAAUAAAAUGUUCCUAAACCCCACAUGUCAUACACUGAUAUGAACGCAUCUAAAUAUUAGGCAUUCAGCAGGUGUGGCGGAGAGCUGUGUCUCUUAACCCCAUGCUUCUGUCUUACGCAGAAAGACUCAGCAGUGAAAUGAGGAAAUUGGAGGAAGCUUUUUCCCUUUUAUUCAUUUCAUAUACAAAUUUGACAUUAAAUUAUGUGGCAUAAAACUGACAGGUCAUUUUUUCUCUCAUUUUACUCAAGAAAUUUGUCAUCCCCCCCCCCAUCAUUUGGAAGAUGACAUAGUACUAAAUAAAUAGGGCGAAUUGCAAAAAAAAAGACAAUUGUGUGUCAAAAGAAGGUAAACUGUGUGCAUGGGUGUUCUACCUGUUCUACCAGUGUUGCUACCAGUUUUUCUUAACCAGUUGGCCAAAUCAUGAGAUUCUUGUUUGUCACUGUAUAAUAUUUCUAUAGAAUUUGAAUGGUUUAGGGGGUGAAUGAAUUUAUGAUAUAAGAACUAACAUUAUUACAAAAAGGGCAUGAAAUGAAAUAUAACUAUUGCCAUAAAUUGAGAUUUUGUUGCAGCUUUAAGAACCAUAACCUGAACGUUUUAAUGUAAGGGUUCAUUUUUAUCCCCUCUCUUAAUAAUCAGUAUGGUUCUUUCGCUUGUUUCUAAUGUGUAAAACUAAACCUACCCCAGUCCCCUAUUACCUGUCCAUACUGAACUUUGGAAGCCCACCUCCCAUGGCCACUGAAACUUGUAUAUCAUAAGAAAUCCCUGUCAAAAUACAUGAAUACUAGACAUUACCUUGGAGCUCCAUAACUUUUAAAAAAUCAUGUGGUCAUGAGAAUCCUUGGGGUAUUUAAAAGGAUACUAUUGUCACCACCAAGUGUUCAAUUAAAUUCAAAUCAAUACAUAAUAUUAUGUAGAGUAGCAUAAUUGUGGCAAGAUAUGCUAGAAUUAAACAUAAAAAAUCAGUUUCCUGGUAUCUGUGCAACUGUUUGAUUUUUUUUUGGCAAACAGUCUUACUUUAUGCCAAGGAUUCUGGAUAUACUCUUGGGAUCAGAUAAUGCCCCACAAGACAAAUCAGGAUCAAACUAGUUAUAUGAAGGAUCAUUAACAUUUAUUACACUGCUGCUUGGCCAAUGAGCCUGCCAUUAAUUGUAAUGGAAACCACUGGUGAGGUUUGCCAGAAAAUGUGCAUUUGGACUGUACAUAUCAGUAACCUUUGUCCUUUUACAUAUUUUCCCUUAAGAACCCAUUUUGUGAUGUUCAUUGUGUCACUCACUUAUCAGCUGACCGGAAAUAAUGCAGCUCUGACUGUAACAGGAAGUAGUGUGGGAGUAAAAGACAGAACUCUGUCCAUUAAUUGGCUGAUGUGGCCUAACGUGUGUGUGCCCUUGGUCUGUGUGUGAGUACAGUGCCUCAUAUAAGCCAGAGACAAUAUGUUAUUAUCCAGUGGCACAUAGUUUUACAAUAGGGGUAAAUCAUUCCACGUGUAAUUUUAAAGCCAGCUCAUUGAACUCUCAUGUGAGGAAAAUGCCAGCUGCAACUUUUACUACAGAGACUGAUAAGUUUCCCAUUAAAUCCUUGUAUUAAAGAAAGCUUACAUUUUAUUUUUAAAGAAAUGUAUAAUAAUACACGUACCUUUUAGAUGCGCACUACAUGGGUCCUGCUGCUUUUUAAUCCUUCAAAAUAACUGCAUAUGUUUAAUGCAACACAUGGUGCUUCUGUUAUUUUAUUUUUUUUUUUUUUUUUUUUUUUUUUACAACAAAUAAACCCUGACUGGAGUAUUUAUUAGGAUAAAUGGAUUUCAUGUUGUAUAUACUCUCAUGAAUUUUUGGUUUUCUGGAAAAAAAUGAAAUUAGUGUUUGUUUUCCCUUUGUUUCUUAUUUUUGUAAGAUCGUUCUGCUGUCGCUUGUACCUACACAUGUGACUUAUUAAAUUAGAAACAUUUCAGAAAA